CGAGCAGCGAUGGCGGAGGCAGCACGGGGAUUCGAGCACAUGGGGCUGGACGGGCGGCUGCUGCGGGCGGUAGCCGAGCUGGGCUGGGCCAGGCCCACGGCCAUCCAGGCCGAGGCCAUUCCCCUGGCGCUGGAGGGCCGUGACCUGCUGGCCCGGGCCAGGACGGGCUCCGGCAAGACGGCGGCGUACGGGCUGCCGCUGCUCCAGCACCUGCUGCGCGUCAAGGCGGCGCCGGCGGCGGUGGCGCAGGCGGUGCGGGCCCUGGUGCUGGUGCCCUCCAAGGAGCUGGGGCAGCAAGUGGUGCAGAUGCUGCGGCAGCUGGCGGCCUUCUGCGCCCGCGACGUGCGAGUGGCUGACGUCUGCGCCCAGACCGACCUCGCCGCUCAGAGGCCGGUGCUGAUGGAGAAGCCGGACGUGGUGGUGGGCACGCCGGGGCGGGUGCUGGCGCACCUCAACGCCCGCAGCCUCGUGCUGCGGCACUCGCUGGAGCUGCUGGUGCUGGACGAGGCCGACCUGCUGCUCUCCUUUGGCUUCGGCGAGGACCUCAAGGCCCUGCUGUGCCACCUGCCCAAGAUCUACCAGGCGCUGCUCAUGUCGGCCACCUUCAGCCCCGACGUGGAGGCCCUCAAGGAGCUGGUGCUGCACAACCCGGUGACGGUGCGCCCGCGGGAGCCCCAGCUGCCGGGCAGCGCCCAGCUGCGGCAGUACCAGGUGCGCUGCGGCACCGAGGAGGACAAGUUUCUGCUGCUCUACGCCCUGCUCAAGCUGACGCUGCUCCGGGGUCGGGCGCUGCUCUUCGUGGGCACCCUCGCCCGCUGCUACCGCCUCAAGCUUUUCCUCGAGCAGUUCGGCAUUGCUGCCUGCGCCCUCAACUCCGAGCUGCCCGCCCGCUCCCGGUGCCACGUCAUCACCCAGUUCAACCGAGGCAUCUACGACUACAUUGUGGCCACGGACGAGGAGGUGCCAGCUGCGCCCGCCGCCCAGCCCCAGCGCAAGAAGCGCAAGGGUGCCGCCGCCAAGGGCAAGGACCCCGAGUACGGCAUCGCGCGGGGCAUCGACUUCCAAAACGUGGCCGCCGUCAUCAACUUCGACGUGCCGCCCACGGUUGAGUCCUACAUCCACCGCGUGGGCAGGACAGCCCGUGCCGACAACCCCGGCACAGCGCUCACCUUCGUGCUGCCCGAGGAGCAGGAGCGGCUGGCCGAGAUCGAGGACGCGCUCGCCGGAGAGAGCGGCGAGUCGAUGCUGCAGCCCUACAGGUUCUGCAUGGAAGAGAUCGAGGGACUGCGCUACCGGUGCCGGGACGCCAUGCGCUCCGUCACCAAGCAGGCGGUGAAGGAGGCUCGGCUGCGGGAGAUAAAGGAGGAGCUGCUCAACUCGGAGAAACUCAAGACGUACUUCGAGGACAACCCGCGGGACCUGCACGUGCUGCGGCACGACAAGCCCCUGCACCCCGCCAUCGUCAAACCGCACCUGCGCAACGUGCCCGAGUACCUGGUGCCCCCCAGCCUCCGCGGCGUUGCCAAGCCCGCCCUCAAGAAGCGCAAGCGGGUGCCCCAAGCUGGUGCCAGCCGCCGGGGCGGCUCCAAGGCCCGCGGCACCGCCAACCCACUGCAGAGCUUCAAGUACGCCCGCCACCGCGCCAAGCGCCCGGCCGCGCAGCCAACCUGAGCCCCUUGCAUGCCCUGGACUGUGCCCUGCAGCCCCUGGGGGCACUGUGGCUGCCUCGCGGCCCCCUGAGGACGGGGUAUCUCCGUGCCGUGGCCUGCGGGCGGCCGUGCCCAAUAAAGGUGCCAGCAGAC